AUGCCGGAAUAUCUCGACCUACCCGUCUUGCCCGCUGAUAUCGCCUUCGGUCUGGUGGCCGAUUACGAGGCAGACCAACAUCCUCAGAAGGUUUCCCUGGUAGCUGGGGCCUACCGCGAUGCGAAAGGAUUACCCUGGAUCCUCCCCAGCGUGAAGCAAGCCAAAGAGCGCAUCGCCGCCGAUCCCGCCUCCAACCACGAGUAUCUCGGCAUCGCCGGGUCCCCGACAUACCUGGAACUGGCCAAAUCGCUCGUCUUCGGAUCUGAGCUGACGGGAAGCCGCAACAUCGCCAGUAUCCAGACGGUGUCGGGCACGGGCGCCAACCACGUCGGGGCGCUCUUUCUGGCGCAGUCCCUCAAGCCGUCGCAGGUGUUCAUCCCCGACCCGACCUGGCUCAACCACAAGACCAUCUGGACGCAGGCCGGCCCUCACGUCGUCCAGAAAGAGUACCCCUAUUACUCGGCGGACAGGCGCGCGAUCGACUUUGACGACAUGAUAUCGACGCUCGAGACGCAGGCCCAGCCACGCGACGUAGUGAUCCUGCAGGCGUGUGCGCAUAAUCCCACGGGACUAGAUCUCUCGCGUGACCAGUGGCGCCAAGUGGCGGACGUGGUGGCGCGCAAGAAACUCUUCGCUCUGUUCGAUAGUGCCUAUCAAGGGUUUGCCACGGGUGACGUGGAAGCGGACGUGUGGUCGGUGCGCUACUUUACGGAGAGGCUGUUCGCCGGGCAGGAGGAUCAUCCGGGACUGUGCGUGGCGCAGUCGUUCUCGAAGAAUUUCGGACUGUACGGGGAGAGGGUGGGAGCGCUGCAUUUGGUGACGCCCGCAAACCUUUCCCUGCACGGGGCAAGAUCGCAUCUGUCGCUGAUGGCUCGCGCGGAGUAUUCGAAUCCGCCCCGAUUCGGAUCUCGGAUUGUAGAGACGGUGCUGGGGGAUGAGGAGCUCAGGGCCCAGUGGCGGCAGGAUUUGGACACGAUGAGCGCGAGGAUCCGGGGGAUACGCGGGCAGCUACGCCGGAAGUUGGAGGCGUUGGGAACGCCGGGGGACUGGUCUCAUAUCGAGGAGCAAAUCGGCAUGUUCAGUUACACAGGCCUCAAGAAGGAGCAGGUCGAGCGGUUGAAGACUGAGUACCAUGUGUAUCUGCUGCCGUCUGGUAGGGCCAGUCUCUGCGGGCUGAACGAAGACAACGUCGAGUAUGUGGCUCGGGCGAUCAGCGACGUUGUCAGGCGAUCGGGGUAA